GUGACCUGCCGCAAAGUGUUCUGCUGCUGAGCGGACCGUAACACACGAUUGAAUGAAUAUCCGAGAACACAACUCGCGGCUGCUUGGUGCUGAAUAAUACCUGUACUCGUUGAUUUUGCAUCGAAAUGGAAGGUGGACAAGGCGGGGACCCGCGCUAUCUCAAAAGGAAAGUGAAGGGAUGCACUCUUGAUGUCCACCCAACUGAGAAAGCCAUAGUGGUCCAAUAUGAGGUGGAGGCAAUGAUACUUGGAGAGCAGGGCGACGCCAUGGUCGGAGGACGCAAAGAAUGUCACAAAAUCAUCCGUCUGAAGAGCUUGAACUCCAAUACGGACACGUCGUCGUUAGCUCGGAAAGUCGUGGAAGAAUGUCAUUUGAUUCACCCGUCAAAGCUGAACGAGGUCGAACAACUGCUCUUCUAUCUCCAAAACCGCAAACAGACGAAUGAUGACCAAGAAAAGAAACGUAUCUCACCGAGAGAUUUUGCACCUUAUGCUGGCGUCGAGCUCAAUGAGGAAGCGAGCAUCAACAGCAUUGAUGAAUAUCUGGAGCUGCUGUAUGAGGAUAUCCAGGAGAAAAUCAGGGGAGCCACACUGAUCUUUCAACUGGCCCGUAACCCAGACAACCUAGAGGAACUCAAACAGAAUGAGAUGGCUCUAGCAGCAUUGGCUAGAGUUCUGAGGGAGGACUGGAAACAGAGUGUGGAUCUGGCAACAACCAUAAUCUGCAUCUUCUUCUGCUUCUCAAGUUUUUCCCAGUUUCAUGGACUGGUUACACAUUUCAAGAUUGGGGCCUUGUGUAUGAACAUCAUUGAACACGAGCUCAAGAGACAUGAUCUGUGGCAAGAGGAGCUUCAAAGGAAGAAGAAGGCCUAUGAAGAAUUGUCAGAGAACCAACAUUUGAAGAAGGAGUAUGAAAAGUGCCUGAAGAAGUAUCAAAGCCUUUUGACCAAACAGGAGCAGCUUCUCAGAGUUUCUCUAUGUCUGCUCUUGAACUUGGCUGAAGACACCCACACUGAACUAAAGAUGAGGAACAAAAACAUAGUACAGAUGCUUGUGAAGAUUCUUGACAGGAAGGACGAAGAGCUGCUGUUGGUGGUUGUCUCCUUCCUCAAGAAACUUUCCAUCUUCUUGGAGAACAAGAAUGACAUGGCUGAAGUGUUUGCAGUUGAGAAGCUGUCCCAGCUUGUUCCGUGUGAGCAUGAGGACCUCCUGAGCACAACAUUGCGCCUCCUACUCAACCUUUCCUUCGACACCACUCUGCGCAACCAAAUGGUCCAGGCUGGACUGAUUGCCAAACUCUCCUCCCUGCUCGCUGAUGAGGGCCAGAGGCAGCUCAGCAUGUGCAUCCUCUACCACAUCAGCAUGGAGGACAGAUUCAAGUCCAUGUUUGCCACCACAGACUGCAUUCCACAGCUCAUGAGGAUGAUUUAUGAAUUCGGAGAACACAAGAUGGACUUUGAGCUCAUCUCGCUGUGCAUCAACUUGGCUGCCAAUAAGAGCAAUGCCCAAGUCAUGUGUGAAGGUACGACGCGUGUGCUUCCUUCCUGCUUAGGAAACGGGUUGAAGAUGCUCAUGAAACGGUCAGGCAAACUGAAAGAUGUGCUGGUGAUGAAGAUGAUCAGGAAUAUUUCCCAGCACCAUGGCCCCACUAAGAGCUUAUUCUUGGACCAUGUUGGAGACUUGGCAGCUCAGAUCAAUCAGGAAGAAGCUGAAGAGUAUGUGAUCGAGUGCCUGGGAACCCUGGCAAAUCUCACCAUUCCCGACCUGGACUGGGCACUGGUUCUUAAAGAGUACAACUUGGUGCCCUACCUGAAAGACAGACUUAAACCAGGUGCUGCCGAGGACGACUUGAUUCUGGAAGUGGUCAUCCUGAUCGGCACCGUGUCCAUGGACGACUCGUGUGCAGCAAUGCUUGCGAAGUCUGGCAUCAUUCCCGCUCUCAUCGAGCUGCUCAAUGCCCAACAGGAGGAUGAUGAGUUUGUCUGCCAGAUUGUCUACGUUUUCUACCAAAUGGUCUUCCACAAAGCCACCAGGGAUGUCAUCAUCAAAGACACGCAGGCCCCGACGUACCUCAUUGACCUGAUGCAUGACAGCAACGCCGAGAUCCGUAAAGUUUGUGACAACACACUAGAUAUCAUCGCUGAGUACGAUGAAGAGUGGGGGAAGAGAAUACAGAAUGAAAAGUUCCGCUGGUACAACUGCCAGUGGCUUGAGAUGGUGGAGAACCGGCAGAUGGACGAGACGGGAGAGCCUUUACUCUUCGGGGAGGAUGGAGAAUCCUUCACGGAGAACAGAGAUAUCUUAGAGAGACCUGAUCUCCUGUACAGUGCAGAUGGGAUCAUCUCAGCGGAUGGUGCCAUCAGUCCAGACUUCUAUGGCAACUUCCAGAAUGAUGAGCUGGGGCAGGCGUAUAUGGGGAGCGUGUCGGAUGAGUUUGUGACGUCGGUUCCAGAUCCAGCAGACCGUCCAGUCAGCGCUUACGGCUUCCGACCGGAUGAGCAGCUGUUCAACUACACCGCCUCCUCUCAACUGACUUGGAAUCUCGUACACACAAAUACCGACCCAGCGCUAGGCUGAUUUGGCAGUUCUGAUGAUGAAACCUGCAAUUACUGUUUGAAUCACUCUGCUGUCUUGUAGCGUCAGACUGUGGGAUGGAGGACAAUUAUCAUAAACCAUCACCUCUUCUAACAAGAACAUUUCAAGUGCUCCAACACUGUCCUCGCUGUACAACGUAGAUUAGGCAUCAGAUAUCUUCUGUACUUCUACAGCUUUGAAGUGGUAAUGCACACAUUACAUGAAUGCAAUGUAAGGCUUGUAUUUGUGAUAGAAAACUGGGCGGGGGGGAUUUUUUUUGCACUGUUAAAAUGCUGUUACGAUUGUAUGAGUCAGUGUACUGGAUUAGGAUGUUUAUGUGAAUAUAAUUUAUUAGCAAGAAAUGUCAAAUGUCUUCUUUUGUCUUAAGUGGUAAGGGGGUGGCGAAAUGUGCCAUAACCAUAAUCCUUAACCCCUAAACACUAAGCAUAACCCUGACCCUUACCCCCUAAUCACGAAUCCUAACCCUAACCCAGAUGCAUAACCCUAACCUAUAACCCUCCAGAAUAACUGUAACCCAUAACUCUUACCCCUAACCCAAAUGCAUAACCCUCCAGAAUAACUGUAACCCAUAACUCUUACCCCUAACCCAAAUGCAUAACCCUAACCUAUAACCCUCCAGAAUAACCGUAAAACUAACUCACACCCAUAACCCUUCAGAAUAACCCUAACCCAUAACACAUACUCUUAACCCCUAAACACCAAGCAUAACCCAAACCCAUAACCCUUAAACAUAAUCCUAACCCAUAACACAGACACAAACCAAUUAUCCUGAAUCCUAACCCUAACCUAUAACCCAAAAGCAAGUCAUUACUCUGAUCCAUAACCCCAUCCCCUGCCAAGUGUUUUGAACUAUACAUGCAUUGUUUUGUGGAAGUGGUUGUCACCAGUUGUCACUUGUGUACGUAAGUGCAUGCAGAUUGCGAUACUUUGAUUCAUUCAUUUUCGAGGCAGGGUCCACCCUGAACUGGUUUCCAGUCAGUCAAUCACCGGACACGUACCGUUAUUUACAAACGACCUGUAAUUAACCAAUAAAACACUCGGCAAAUAAA